CGACCGAAGUCAUUUGCUGCUCACAUCGAUCCAAGUUUUGCUACAUUUCCCUCCACUUUUCAUAUUCAGCUAUUUUGGUUUCCCAACUCUCAUCUGAAUUUCUCCAUUCUCUAUAAUGGCUCGUACGAAGCAGACUGCAAGGAAAUCAACUGGUGGAAAGGCUCCGAGGAAGCAAUUGGCUACGAAGGCUGCCCGGAAAUCUGCUCCGGCAACUGGAGGCGUGAAGAAACCUCACCGAUUCAGGCCAGGAACGGUGGCUCUGAGGGAGAUUAGGAAGUAUCAGAAGAGUACUGAACUUCUCAUCCGUAAGCUUCCAUUCCAGCGUUUGGUUCGUGAGAUCGCCCAGGAUUUCAAGACCGACCUACGUUUCCAGAGCUCCGCUGUUUCAGCACUUCAGGAAGCGGCAGAGGCUUAUCUGGUUGGACUCUUUGAAGAUACUAACCUCUGUGCAAUUCAUGCGAAGAGGGUUACAAUUAUGCCCAAAGAUAUCCAGCUUGCUCGUCGGAUUAGGGGUGAGCGUGCUUAAAUGUGUCUCUGAAUGUUGUUUUGUGGGUGGAACUAUGAUUUGCAGGUGUUGUAUAGUGAAGUGUUUGGGAUUAGGGUUUUAUUCUGUAGGUCUUUCCCUUUCUAUUAGCCAUUUUAGGAUAGAUUGAGAUAUGUAAUCUGGCUGUUUUCAAGUGCUGAAUGAAAAUCUUACAUUUUUGAGUUAA